GGCCCCCGUAUCAGGGCCCCCGUAUCAGAGCCCCCAUAUCAGGGCCACCGUAUCAGGGCCCCCGUAUCAGGGCCCCCGUAUCAGGGCCCCCGUAUCAGAGCCCCCAUAUCAGGGCCACCGUAUCAGGGCCCCCGUAUCAGGGCCCCCGUAUCAGGGCCCCCGUAUCAGGGCCACCGUAUCAGGGCCCCCGUAUCAGGACCCCCGUAUCAGGGCCACCAUAUCAGGGCCCCCGUAUCAGGGCCCCCGUAUCAGAGCCCCCAUAUCAGGGCCACCGUAUCAGGGCCCCCGUAUCAGGGCCCCCGUAUCAGGGCCCCCGUAUCAGGGCCACCGUAUCAGGGCCCCCGUAUCAGGACCCCCGUAUCAGGGCCACCAUAUCAGGGCCCCCGUAUCAGGGCCCCCGUAUCAGGGCCAGCGUAUCAGGCCCCCGUAUCAGGGCCACCGUAUCAGGCCCCCGUAUCAGGGCCCCCGUAUCAGGGCCACCGUAUCAGGGCCCCCGUAUCAGGGCCCCCGUAUCAGGGCCCCCGUAUCACGGCCCCCGUAUCAGGGCCACCGUAUCAGGGCCCCCGUAUCAGGGCCCCCGUAUCAGGGCCACCGUAUCAGGGCCCCCGUAUCAGGACCCCGUAUCAGGGCCACCGUAUCAGGGCCCCCGUAUCAGGACCCCGUAUCAGGACCCCGUAUCAGGACCCCGUAUCAGGGCCACCGUAUCAGGGCCCCCGUAUCAGGACCCCCGUAUCAGGACCCCGUAUCAGGGCCCCCGUAUCAGGGCCACCGUAUCAGGGCCACCGUAUCAGGGCCCCCGUAUCACGGCCCCCGUAUCAGGGCCACCGUAUCAGGGCCCCCGUAUCAGGGCCACCGUAUCAGGGCCCCCGUAUCAGGACCCCGUACUGAGUUCCUCUUUAACCAGAUUACAUAA